GUAGUAUCUCCUAAAUAUGUGACUAAAGCACAGAUUCGAAUCAUUGUGAAGUCGUCUUUCAAAUGAAUAAUUACUAAACAUAGUGUGUAUUACUUACAUGUGCCAAACACUCAUAUAAGCAUCAGUUAGACUCACUGAUUCCAUAUUAAUGUUUAAAAGAAUAUUAAGUUUGAAGAAAAAAGUUUUCUUUACAAAAAAAAUAUAAUUUUGAAUUACAACGGACAAUUGUUACAUUUGUUCAUUGAUGAGAAAAUACGUGAGCCUUUGAUAAUUUUUAAAAUUUAAAGAAACAUAACUAGAUACUGAAAUUUUCGUGAAUAGUGUGUGAAAAAGAUAAUUUUUCAUUUUUGUGACUUUUUCUGUUCAAGGAAAUUUUAUUGCAAUGGCACCGCUGCAGACCAUCAACGACACUUUAAUCGCUGAAUUUGAAGGUUUGACACCCAUUCAACAGUUUUACAAAGACAAAUCCGUAUUCCUAACUGGUGCGACUGGAUUUCUUGGCAAAGUCGUCAUGGAGAAAUUAUUGCGCUGCUGCGACAUUAACACCUUGUACAUACUGAUCAGAAGCAAAAAGGGCAAGAACGUUGAGACUCGUUGCGAUGAAAUAUUUGAUGAUGCGGUUUUCGAUCAAUUAAAACAAGAGAAGCCUAAAUUUCGGCACAAAAUCAUUGGAGUAUCUGGUGAUUGUGUACUACCUGGACUGGGAAUCGAUUCAAAUACUCGACAAGUAUUGAGGGAAAAUGUCAAUAUUGUUUUUCACGUUGCCGCAACAGUAAAGUUCGAUGAAAAAUUGAAAUUAGCUUUGGGUAUAAAUGUGAACGGAACUCGGGAAAUGAUGUUGUUGUCUCGAGAAAUGCAUAACUUGCAGGCUUUUGUACAUGUUUCAACUGCAUAUUGUAACUGCAAUCGUACAACCAUUGAUGAGAAGAUUUACAGACAAUCAAUGACUGGUGAAAAUGCAAUUAAACUAAUGGACUGUAUGGAUGAGAAAACAUUGGACUCAAUUACGCCACAACUUAUUGCCGGAUGGCCAAAUACGUAUACAUAUACAAAAUGCCUUGCAGAGGACUUGGUGAAAAGUAUGAGUAAGGAUCUUCCAGUCACGAUAUUCCGUCCAGCAAUAGUAAUUCCCACCUACAAAGAACCAGUAAGUGGUUGGAUUGACAAUAUGUAUGGCCCCACUGGAAUAAUUGUCGGCGUCGGUUCAGGUCUACUACGAGUGUUUCGCUCGAAUCCAGAAAAUUUCGCUGAACUAGUUCCAGUCGACAUGGUUUGCUGUGCACUAUUAGCAAGUGCCUGGGACGUCGCAAAGUCCACACACAAUGAGCCUCCUGUUUACAAUUAUGUUGCAUCAGUACAAAAUCCAAUCACAUGGAAAAGAUACUGCGAUUUGGGUAUUGACCAUGGUAAACAGAUGCCGAUGAUGAAAACGCUGUGGUAUAAUCGAUUCACCAUGACAUCUUCGGUAAUAAUGUUGGCGAUAUUAUCAUUUUUAUAUCACACGAUACCAGCCUUUUUGAUGGAUGCAGGAUUGGUGCUGACUGGAAAAAAACCGAAAAUGAUGCGAAUAUACAAGAAAAUUCACAAGUUUUGUGAAGUUAUUGGAUACUUUACCACACAACGAUGGUAUUUUGCGAAUACAAACGUUCAAAAGUUAUGGUCCUCGUUGGAUCCAGAAGACCAGAAAAUGUUUUUCUUUAACAUGGCUGAUAUAGAGUGGAGUGAAGUGAUUGGUCUAAGCAUAUACGGCAUCCGUACAUAUUUGCUGAAGGAAGAUCCAUCAACGAUUCCGCUGGCAUUGAAAAGAGCUGAACGAUUAAAAUGGCUACAUUAUGCUACAAUCUAUACGGUGUACACACUAGUGCUUUAUGUUUUAUACGUGAUUCUUAAGGCAUUUUCAUUUUUUUCGUUAUUUGAUUGAAAUUGAAAUUUUUUUGGGGUUCAUACUUUUGUGAAAUAUUUGAAUUUUAUAUACGCAGGUACAAAUUUAAGAACAUGCAGCAACUCAGCAUAUCCUUCCAUUGUAAUUAAUUGUAAUUUAUUAUUUAAGAAAAAUCACUGGAAAAACUCGAAAAUAAACUUGUUCUUUGUGGCAGA